AUGACACUUCUCCGGUUAUCAUCCAUGGUGAAAUCGCGAAUGCCCGAGGUGUUCCAUGUACGAAAGCCACAGUUCUCAUGUUUACCCAUAAUGCCAUCGAUUAUGACAUUCCGAUCUACGUGGGAGACGAGCUCCACACAGACAUCAUCAUCGGCAAUCCUGUCCUCAAAUUUUACCCCGAGCAGGCCAACUGACCACGAAUAUGAGCCCUGCCACCCUGAAACCAUCGACCCACAGAACCAUGACAAACCAUUAACUCCACCGAGCCACGGUGAACCCCAGCAACAGCCACUGACUUGUCCAAUUGGCAUCAUCCACACGGAAGAUGAUCGACGAGUCCGUAAAGCCCGCAAGAAACCAUCGUAUUAUUUGACCGGAUACGUUGUCCAAGUUCAAGUGGUAGACUGCCAGCCAUCCCAGGAACCGGUUGAAGAGAGCACUUUCAAACUUCUUUCCACCAGAUCUUCAAGCUAA